AUGUCUAACGAGCGUCUGGAUUUCGAAUCUCUCAAAGACGAAGCGCGCGGCCUCCUCAACGAAGUCGACCUUCUCAUCCUCACUAAGUUUGAAACCGCCAUCUCUUCGUCCUUGGAACCCAAUGUUGAGGAGAAAGCAAUUCGAUUUGUUGCCGAUUUGAUCUUAUUUGAUGCAAAAGAAUCAGAGUCUUUUGUAACAAGCACUUGGCAAGUCCUUACACAUAUUGCUUCACGAAUCCCUUCCAGUCACUAUGGGCAGGAAGUCCUCAUUCGAGUUGUUAAUAUGCUGGAACAUUGCGGUCCAUGGACUGACCUCCCGGGCCCUACAUUUGAGCUCGACGCUGAGGACGACAGAGAAUUCUCACAGGCUGAGUGGCUCAACUUAAAUUCUUUCAUCGCUCGGUUGUUCAAUCUCAAGGGCAAACGGUUUGGUAACUUUGCGAUAUGGGAGCUACGGAACGGCCUUGAGGAAGACGCGAGCGAUGCCGGUAGUGCAGCUGCUGCUGAUGCGCGAGUUCUUGUUGCUUCUGAGUGGAUCAAAAGGAGCGGCGCACGACUGUGGCAUGAAUCUGUGCUAGGUACGUUCUCGACGGAGCCAGAGGACGCAGCUCAUGGGAGCCCAUACAGAGGUGGCUCAUUGUUUCAUGGCACAAGGGGCUUCAAUCUUGAGCGUUGGGGCUUUUGGAAGCGUCGACUCGUGGAGCUACGCAACGGCGCCGAUGCGUCGGUUCAGUCAGCGAUUGAUGACGCGGUGCAGACAAUGUCAUCUAUAGAGAAGGAGCAUCAACUAAGCAGCUUGUUGGCAUAA